AUGUCGUCCGGCGCCCCAGCCCUCUCGCUCGCGACCCACCUCUCCCACACCUACCUCUCCCAGUCCGACUCCUCCGACGACCCGGCGUACAACCCCUUCGCCGACACCACACCCAGUACCUCUACGUCUCAAGCGAGGUCUAAGAGUGGCACGACGGGCUAUGCGGGCCCGUACUCUGCGAGCACGCCCAGCACGAGCGUGCUGCGACCGCGCCGGCGCGGGUCGGAUAGUGUGCUCGGGCGGGCGGGGGGAUCGCCGGGGGUGCAUGCGCGGGCGCCGACACUUGAUAUUUCUGCGCCUUCACCGUCACCCUCACGGCCUGUGCAAUCGCUGCAAAGACGAAGAUCGGAUUAUACGCAGACGAACGGGAGUGCGGGUGGUGCGGUGGAGGAAGAAGAGGAAGGAGAGGGGGAGGGAGAAGAGGACGAGGACCACCCGCUGCGGAGACGGAGCUCGAGCAGGAGCGUGCGGAGCACGGCGAGCACGAAGCCGAGGCUGCGCGCGGCGUUGGCUGCUACGCGGGAGAGCAGGGAGGAGGGGAGGGAGGCGAGGGGGAGGGAGGCGAGGAGGGAGGGGCAGAGGGCCGUGCUGGUGCAUCAGGUAACCCCAACCGACUCCCUGCCCGGCGUAUCCCUCAAAUACGGCAUCGCGCUCUCCGACCUCCGCCGGGCGAACCAGCUCUGGGCGCACGACAGCAUCCACCUGCGCGCGACGCUGCUCGUCCCGCUCGAUCAGGCGCGCAAUGCACGGAUUGCGGUCGUGGAUGCGGCCGCGGAGGGGAAGGACCUACUCAGUCCUGACGACGGCGAUCGAUUCACGAGGAGUCCGGAUGGGAGGGGAGUGGGCGGGAGUGGGCUGUUGAGCCCCGAAUCGAGCGACGAGCCGACGAGUUAUACCGCAUCCCCACCUCGACUAUCUCAAGACCCCUCCUCAUCCUCAUCCUCCCGCCCAUCCCGCUCACCAAACCGAACCCGCACACGAACAUCCCACGCCCGAUCAGCCACCGAACCUCCAUCCGCCCCCGCACCUCAUCUGACAGUCACGCGCGUCCCAGCGAGCCGCCUCUCGUUCUUCCCGCCCCCGGCUCAACAUAAGGCGAAGGAGAGAGUAAGGGCGAGCGAGGAGCUGCCCAGGCUCGGCGGGUUGAGCGGUGCGGAUGUGGGGAGGGCGAGGGCGGGGAGCGAUCUGCCGCACCGUCAUCGUCGGCCGUCGCCUCGCGCGCGGAGCAGAGAUCUGUUUUCGCUCCUCACACCGCCCGCCUCGUCUUCCUCCCCGUCCUCUUCCCAACACGACUACUUCUCCUCUACGACACAUCCCAAUCAGGCGCCAGGGCAAGACGCGCUCGCGGCGGCGAAAUCGCUCGGCAGGGCCGCGGGGCGCGCGGCGGGGUGGUUGGCUGAUGCGCUUGCUAUACCGGUGCCGGUGCCGCCUCUGCCGUUGCAGAAUGCGUUGGGUAAGGGCGUGGGGGAGAGGGGGGAUGCGGUUGAGUUGGGGAGCGCGCGGAAGGGGAAGGGGCGCGCGGCGCCGGGAUCGGGCUCGGGGUCCGCUACACCGCGCAAUCAUAACAACAGCGGCAACAGCGGCAAAUACAACCCGUGGUUCACCCCCCGCGCACCGUCACCCGCGUUAUCAGACGGCGUCUCGACGGCUUCGUCUGCGAGCUUGUCGCCGUUCGUCCCGCCUAGAGCGAAGAAUAGGCGCGGGGUAGAUGAAAGUGGGGUGGACGGGGAGGGGAUCCGGAUGGCGAGCAGUCCGCCGCGGGUGCAGGCGCAGCCGGAGGCGAGGCGGGGGAUGGUUGUUCCUACUUCGCGGCGGUAG